CUUUCCUAAAACCUUCGCAGGCACGUCUUCCUCGGAAGUGGCGGUCUUAUACUAAAACUAGAGAUAGAAAAAGAAGAACUGCAUCGGAUUAAGGCUAUUUAUUCUGACAAAGUAUUUGCGCUUGUUGCUGAUUUAUUUCUGUCGAAAGAGUAGUGCAGCUAUAUGUUCUAAAGUCUUUGCUUUUGCGUUAUACUUAACAGAAACCUACAGAUCGAUUCACUCUAUUUCCAAAUUUUUCAUCAAGACCUUCUCGUACAGAACAGUAUGGGAGUCGCCAAGCAAGUAACCGAAACGCGGAUCGCGCCGGCGGCGAGCGAGCCGAUCGAUACGUCAAACUGGCCCCUGCUACUGAAGAACUACUCCAAGCUAAAUGUGCGAACGGGGCACUACACGCCGCUGCCGUUCGGCUGCUCACCCUUGGCCCGCCCCAUGGACGAAUACUUGCGGUAUCAUUAUGCUACUUCCAACACGAACUUGUUUGGUUUCAGUUAUUUCUGCAUGACCAUAGAGGCUCUACUACUAACUUCUACCGCCGGAGGCAUCUUCCCUUGUCUGCGGUACCAGGCCGCGGCAAAUAGAAGUAGGUGUUUACUCGCUGGGAAGAUUUUUGUAGAUUCGCACAAUUAUGCCAUUGCCAUCAAUUCAUUUUUUCCUCCCACACCAGGUACGGGAUUUUGAACCUGGACAAGCCGGUAAACCCCUCGUCGCACGAGGUGGUUUCUUGGAUCAAGAAAAUCAUGAACUGCGAAAAGACGGGCCACUCCGGGACUCUGGAUCCGAAGGUGAGCGGCUGCUUGCUCGUCUGCCUCAACCGGGCAACCAGGUUGGUCAAGGCGCAGCAGACGGCAGGAAAGGAAUACGUCUGCAUCUGCAGGUAUACAUUGUAGAUUUAGGAGUACAACUAUGUUGGCACGACUUUGAUUAAUUUGGUCGUGCACCACAUGGCACGUGCAGGCCCUUCACACGGCGGCGCUCAAAAAUUUGCAUACGUACGACCGCCUUACACAACAAGCAGACGUGGUUUUGGUGUUGCGUAAUGUGUUGCAGCGCUUGCAAUCUACUACUUGUAGUGCCACUGUUGAAGAUAAAACACUCUACUCAUCAAAGAUUCCACGCCGGGAAUUCGAACGGAGUGACGUUAACGAAGGCGAAGAUCCAGAAGGCACUGGACACCCUGACCGGUGCGCUGUUCCAGCGCCCCCCGGUGAUCGCGGCGGUCAAGCGGCAGUUGCGGGUGAGAACGAUCUACGAAAAUAAAAUUUUCCACUACGACGAGAAGCGGCACCUGGUUACCUUCAACGUCAGCUGCGAGGCGGGCACGUACAUUCGAACGCUGUGCGUGCACUUGGGGCUGUUGUUGGGCGUCGGCGCGCACAUGCAGGAACUACGCCGGGUCCGAAGUGGGGUGCUGGACGAAAACAAACAUUUGGUCACCAUGCACGACGUACUCGACAGCAUGUACCUCUACAACUCGCUCAAGCAGGAAAGCUACCUCAGGAGCAUCGUACUAUUAUUGUUCUUGGAUAAAAAAUUCUUUUCCUGUGAGAUUGAUGUUCUUCAUCAUUCGAUUUAUUUUUGGCAUUCAGGAUGUUCUUGGAACGUGUAGGUCUAGGGGAUAAGAAAAAUUCCAUCCAAAAAAUUUAAAUUAUUUGUGAUGCAGUGCAACUGAGCUUAGGAUACAUGUCAAAACUAGUUUCACUUGUUAUGCAUCAUCUGACUACACAGGUCGCCCCGCUGGAGUUGAUCUUGUCGAACUAUCCAAGAAUCGUGGUCAAGGACUCGGCGGUCAACGCAGUCUGCUACGGCGCCAAGCUGAUGAUUCCAGGUACUAUUUUCAUUUAGCAGUGGUUCUUUUGGCGCUAUGUAUUUACUGACACGACCUAGCUGCGAGGACAAAACGAAGUAGCAUUUGUAUGCUUAUCUUUCCCACGAAGUACUGCAUGCAGCUCUUUUCACAGCACCUGACGGGAAGAAGUCAUUGUAUGCUACGCCGGUCUCGAUCAUGCAGAAGCGCUCAUGUUGUCUACGCAGCUGCUCUCAGUCGUAUGAAGCACAUCUGUAGUUUAUGGAAUACUUAACGGCCGCUGCGAAGAAGACCACGAGGAUGUGUUGUUCGGCGCAAUGCCGGUUUGUUCUUUCCCUGUGUUCGUCGAGAGAAAAAAAAGAACUGUUUCCAUCGUUUCCCUUUCCCGUCACAGGUAUCCUCCGAUUCGAGAAUAACAUCGAGCUUGGAAAGGAGAUCGUGAUGAUGACGACGAAGGGUGAGGCGAUCGCGCUGGGGAUUGCACAGAUGACCACGUCCGUUAUUGCUGCCGUGGACCACGGGUGCGCCGCGAUUAUCAAGCGCGUCAUCAUGGAGCGCGACACCUACAACCAGCGGUGGGGCUUCGGGCCGCGCGCGCAGGACAAGAAGACGCUGAUCGCCGAGGGAAAAUUGGACUCCAAGGGAAAGGCCAACGCAAAGACCCCGAAGGCCUGGAUUUUGGCGAGCGGAAGGUAUAGCUACCUCCCCAGUCUGAUCGGGGACGACGAAGCGGAGGCAGAGGUACUGAGUUUGUAUGUGCUGCUGGCGUAGUAUUCUGAUGUUCACCGAUGGUUAUGGUACGAUCAAACUCAACUGUAACAGUAGAGUCUGGAUAAUUUUUGUCUUGCAUCAAGAGCACGAGGAUUCGAUAGAUACAGAGCCUGUCGCGGCUUGUCGCAAUACAAUGUUUGCCAGAUAAUUCGAGUGCCGUAGAAGUAAUCUUCAGCACAAGUUGUAGUAGUUCUUUGUGAUGCGUCACUCCGCUCUCUGGUGCUGAUUCGCGGACCAGGCAGCUGUUUUUUGAGACCACAACUCCGAGUAGAGAGCAGUCAAAUAUUAGACAAUGUCUUCGGCAAAAAUAAUGUGCAUCCAUAACUACCACAGCUCCCGGCCCGACCAGAAGCAGCCACGAAAACGGAAGACGCGACAGCAGAAAGUACGAAAAACGACGAGGUUGCCGCCAUGAAGAGAAAACUUCUUGCCGCUGCCAGCGAGAGUACACCGGCCACCGAAGAACCGGCGAAGAAGAAAAAGAAGAAAGCGCAAGCUUAAGAAGAAAACCGCGACUUACGAAACAUAAACAUAACGAAAAAAUGACUUACUUGCGACCAAACUUCGACCAGAAAUUUGAUUCUGUAGAAAGUUACAGGUUUUUUUUUGUGGGUGGAAAGAGAGAAAUCGAAAGCGGCGUCGUGGACGGACCCCCGGUGGUAGCGCGCAACUUUUUACUUGGAAUUGCGAAUUCAUUUUCGCAAACGAAAGCCAGCGGGCAUGAGUUGCUUUUUGAUUUCGGAGGAAUUGUAGGAAGGAAGUGCUGUAUGGGUCUUUUGAUCAAGGAAGAUGUUUUUUUACGCAAAACAUACGCAUUAUGCUUCUAGCGCAGAAGUACUGACGAAAAGAACGCUACAUCAACGCAACCGCAAUUACGCAAAGGGAUUAAGUAUCAUGUGCAUGGUUCUUCAUUAUACGCAACGUCGACCUGUCAACGUCAAAACACGAAAGAAAAAAUCGAACGAUCGUCCGAUGCAAUGAUGCACGGAAUCUAUCAAAGCAGGAUGAAAUAUUGGAAUCACAACGCUGAAGGAGUUUUUUCGGGGACAGAAAUUGCUCCGAGAACAUCACCAUUGGAAUUUGGAAUGUACGCAGGAAAAUGAACAUGUACGCAGAUAGCUGCAGCCAAAGUGCAUCUG